UUUCAAAGCACCGGAAAUGAACACCAAAUGAGAGAAAAACAUAAAUUUUGAUGAUGAAAAUACCCAUUCAGAAUGUAAGAUGAAUAGAGGAAGAGUUGUCAUGGAUGGGUAAACUGGGGGAAACUAGUUCUAAGGAUGGGGAGUUCAUCCUCCAAAUUCCGCAAACACCUGAGUAAUGGAGAUGAAGUGGCAGCGCUUCACCUGUAUAACAGCAACAGUGACCUCAGGAAGGGCCUUGACCCAAACUGUUCCUAUGGUGACCAUCAUAACCAUGAAACACCUCUGCAUUAUGCAGCAAAACAUGCUAUGAAAAGCUUAUUAAGGAUUUUCCUACAUGACCAUAGUGGAAAUCCAAACAAGACAAAUGGAAAGAAAGAAACCAGUCUGAUAUGUGUUUGCAUGGAGAAGCCAGAACAUGCCCAGUUUUACCCUGUGCAGAGGAAGAGGUUAGACUGUCUUCUGAUUCUGCUGAAGUGGAGAGGACCAGAAACUGAAGAUGGAGAGAGGGAGAGGGUAAAUCUAGGCUCACAGGAUGAGAAUGACAACACUGCACUUCAUUAUGCUGCGCUGUCAGGACUGAAAUACUGUGUAGAAAAGUUGGUCCAAUCCGGUGCCCCACUGUUUAUUGAGAACAAGGACAACCAGACCCCCUGUGACUGUGCAGAGGCCGGCUCACAUCCAGAAAUCGCUCUUUACCUGGAGUCCAAAAUGGUUUUCUCUAGUGUUGGGAAUGAAGAUGAAACUGAUGAAGUUGCCUCCAUAAUGGAACCAGAGGAGUACAGUGGAUUACGGGCCCAGGAUUUACAGGAAGCUAAGGACCAGUUACUGGUGGAGACAGCAGACAUGUUGAGUGUGCCACUGUUUACCGCGGAAGCACUGCUCCGAAAUCAUGAGUGGUCUCGUGAGAUGUUACUAGAAGCCUGGAUGUCUGAUCCCCUACACUGUUGUGAGAAGUCGGGUGUCCACCCUCCAGCCAGUGUUUUCUGUGAUAAACCCGUGGUACAGCAUUCACUGCACACAGAUCAGCCUCGUCCUGAGACUCAAAACUCCACAGGAAUUUGUGAUAUUUGCAUGGAGUCCUUCGUGAUUUCAGAAGACCAUGUGAGCAUGACCUGUGAUCACAUGUUCUGCAGAGAUUGUUGGAAGGAGUACUUGAAUCUCAAGAUACAGGAGGGAGAUGCCCACAAUAUAACAUGUCCCGCCUAUCAGUGUGAUAAACUGGCUCCUGUAGAACUCAUAGAGGGCAUUGUGUCACGUGACAUGGCCAGAAGAUACCUACAGUUUGACAUCAAGGCGUUUGUGGACAGUAACCCUAACAUUAAGUGGUGUCCAUUUCCUGGGUGUGGGCGGGCAGUAAAACUUCCUGACCAGGAGGAACGGAACAAGAAAAUCCCUGUGGACACUUCUCGAGCCGUGGAUUGUGGAAAUGGACACUAUUAUUGCUGGGAUUGUCUUGGAGAAGCUCAUGAACCAAGCAGUUGUGAUAAUUGGACAAAAUGGUUUCAGAAGAUCAGUGAAAUCAGACCAGAAGAAAUGAGUGGUACAGAGGAGGAGACUGAUGCUGCAGCUAACUGUUUGUGGCUGGUGACCAACUCUAAACCCUGUCCUAACUGUAAAUCUCCCAUCCAGAAAAACGAGGGAUGCAAUCACAUGAAAUGCUCAAAGUGUAAACAUGACUUUUGUUGGGUGUGUCUGGACCAGUGGAAGAGACAUAACACCAGUACCGGGGGAUACUUUAAGUGUAACCGGUACGAGGCGGUCAAGGUGGUCCAGGAAGCCACUCAAAAAGCACAAACAGAGGCAGAAGAACAGAAUCAGAAGAUGCAGGAAUUAAACAAGUUUGUUCAUUUCUACACUCGCUUUAAAAACCAUGAAAACAGCUAUAAGCUGGAGGAACCAUUAUUAAAUACCACAAAGAACAAAAUGAUGAAACUAGCUGAGGCUGUCACUGAUCUAGCUUCAGCCAACUCAGAGACUCAGUUUGUUGAGCAUGCUGUCCAACAGUUGCUCAAGGCUCGCCGAGUUCUCAAGUGUUCAUACGUGUAUGGAUAUUAUCUGGAUGGACCAGGCUACAUGAAAAUUGUGUUUGAGUUUAUGCAGACAGAGCUUGAGGAGACAACAGAGAUCCUAUCUCAGAUGGUGAAUCGUUUAUAUUUACGGACUCCCAAGAAACGCAUCAUUGAGCAGGCUCAGCUGGUACAGAGGAAAAGGCAUGAGUUCAUCCUGGCAAUAUCUAAAGGGCUAGUACCCCCAGAAACCCCUCCAGGGCUCCGUAAACACCGCAAGCGGAAGUACAGCAUGGAAACAGAAGACGAACAGUUACGUAAAGCUAUUCUGGCAUCAAUACAAGAGGUUGACCCAGCUAAACCUUGGAUCAAAGAUGCAUCUGGUCGUCAUACCAACGUAAUGGCUGUCCUAGACUGGCCCAAUAGUGAUGAUUCAGACACAGAUGACUUAUAUACAAUUGAAGAGGGGAAGUGUCAGAAGAUCUCUUGUGACAAUCCACGAGCCAGAAAUCCUCGUACCGGUGAGAUUCAUGGCUACUGUAGUCGGCAGUGUAUGUACGAGGACAAAAUAGAAAACCCAGACCAACCAGAGCCUGUCCAGGAGGUGAUUAUGGAUGAGCAGAUGGAUUUAUUACGAGCCCUGGAGAUGUCCAGACUACAGUUUCUACAUGAUCAGGGCAUCAUCACAGCAGACAGAAGUUCUAUAUCAAUACACAUGCCCCCUGAAGAUUCUGUGGCCUCCCCAUCACUGGGAGCUGAAGAAACCGUGAGACAAAGGUCACCAAGGUUACAGAAAAAGUCCCCCAAACAGAAAUCCCCAGGGUCCAAGGCUAAGGGUAAAGGAAAAGGAAAGAAAACAAUACAGGCUGCUCUGGAGGAGUUGGAUGUAGAACUUCAGAGGGUGUUGGAAAUCUCAUCCAUCAGUCCAACAGAAUUACAGGAGACCAUGAGGAGUGAUCAGAGGUCACAUGAUAGAGGUGCCGGAAAACCUCGCAGCCGAUUUGACAACACAGGGGCGCUCUGUGUUCAAAGUGUUCCCAACAGAAGUGUAGAGGAUCUAGAUCACGACGACUGUAUUAACUGCAAUUUCGUUGAUCCUGAAAGGAGGAGUUCAAAUGAGGACCAAACCCCCACCACCCCCAGAUCAUCUGUCUGGCCCCUUCCUGAUGCAACAGGGGACCACUUACCGUUAAUCAGUCAAGCAAAACCCACAUCACCCAGAAGAACCAGCUCAAACUCGUGCUUUGGGAUCAUCAAAGACAUCAGUGUCUCUAAUCUUCACACAGGGGAGUCCGACAAAAUCAGAGAUAUGGAGGAGAAAAACUUGGCUCUCCUGGCCAGCACUAAAGUGCCUGAGGAGGAUUCAGACCCCCUCCCUUCUCUUCCAGGACCAACAGGGUACAGUAGCAGACUACACCAAUCAAUCAGGGACCAAGCUUAUAGCUUCAAGAACAGCCUGGGACUGUUGGCAGCCAACACCCCAGGUGAUGAACAUAUUCUUCUGUUACAGAGCCCGGAGACUCCAGAGCAUGUAACUCUGGGGUAUCCAGGACAAUCGUGUAAUAGGGGUGGUGUUUCGUUAGAGUAUGCAGAUGUAGACAUUCAUACCGAGAAUUCUCCAGAAAGCGAUUCUGAACAUGAUGCAUGUCACAAAUUUUUAUCGACAUUAAAACCCCCAACAGAUGGCUUUCUGGAUUCUCUGAACGUCUGUGUCAAUGAUAUAAAACCAUUCAAGGUUACCCCACCACAAGAUCUGUCUUUACUUGCUGAGGGGAAGGAUUCUGACACUCUACAGGCUGACAAAGUCAUGGCACCACUAGAGUCAUUCUUAGAUGCCUGGGCCACAAAGAGUGAGAGUCAGAUUCAGAGUGAGGCUGGGAAUUAUAGUGCUAUAGAGGACACAACAGUCCCUUUAUAUCACAGUGAAGAGCUCAUGCUUCCAGCAGAAACUGUGGUGCCUACACCAGUAAUCCAAUCAAUGCUCCCAGGAAAUGAGGAUGGCCUUCAAUUACUGGAUGUAGAAGAUGAACAGGAAGUUGAGGAACUAGCUCCACCUAGUGGUGACAUUGUCGAAGCUGAAGAGGGAGAUAACUCAGUUUAUGUUUAAGAUGGAGAUUCUUUCAAUGCAUGUGAUAUUUGUCAAACCUUGAUAUUUCUUUAUAGUGUGCCCUUUUUAAUUAAUAUAUUAAGAUUUUAUUUAUAGUUAUUUAUUAAGUAACAAAGUAGCUUAAUCAUGUACAGGUACGAGGAUUUGUGUGUGUAUUUAUGGAAUAGAUUGCUAUAUGUAUGCACAAAGAAGGCUAUUCAUAAAAAUAUGUUUAUUUGUAACUGAAGAUAUGAACAGCAAUGCAUAUUACUUCUUACAUGUUAUAGUAGAAAGGCUUGUUUGUUUUACAUGAAUGAAUUAACACAGAUUUAUACUUGUAGGUCCUAUGGACCUGUUAAUUUGCUUUACCUGUAAUUCAUUAUAUAAAUAUUUUCAUUUGAUUACAUGUAAACAUGUAUUUAACAAAUUUGCUAAACAUAUGUUUAUAUUUUUUUCAUGGAGGAAGCAAAUGUUUAGGGAAGUAUUAAAUACAAAACUUGACGUAUAGUAAUAAAGUUUUCAGAUGUAAUAAAUUGCAAACGUAAAUACAACAAAUAUUGGGUCAAUAUCUUAAAUUUUGACAUUUUUAAAGAAUUGCUUUAAAAGAUGUAAAUUCCAUCUGAUAUAUCAGUUCUCUGUUGGAUGCAAAAUAAAUCUGCUCCAUCUGUAAAUUUGUCGAUUGAAUUCAGACUUCUUAUAACCAAACAUUUUAAAAAUCAUUGUUAAGAAUUUUGCCAGUGUUCCAAAAAACACAAUGUCCACUCGAUCAGUAAAUUCACAAUAUCUGUUUUCACUAUGAGCAAGUUUUAGUGUAAUAGAAAAUUCCCUCCACGUUUUAAAAGUUGAUUCUUUAUAAAAGCACCUUGUCCUGUCAUUUCUGAUGACAGAGGUGGUAUGUGUUGUAAGUGUCUGGUAGACUGUUGUUGAUGAUUGAUUAAGCAGUUGUUGAAGUUGUGUUUAAUAGGUAUGUUGACAAUGACUAGGCUGUUGUUGACAUUUUAAUUUAGUAGGUAUGUUGACCAAGAUGUUGUUGAUGAUAAGUUUACUAGGUAUAACAAUGUUGACUAGGCUGUCAUUGACAAUGAGUUUAGUAGGUACAUGUAUGUUAAUUAGGAUGUCAUCGAGGUUGAGUUUAGUAGGUAUGUUGACUAGGAUGUUGUUGAUGAUAAGUGUAGUAGGUUGUUUAGAAGAAUAAGGUUGAUGGUUGAAGACUCAGUUGUUGUGUUCAAAAGAAAGACUGCUGUUGUACAUGACAUUCAAUUAAGUCAUUUUCAGGGUCUUUUUUCUAGGUUUUUAGAGCUAUUAUAAACUUGACUUUGGGAUUUUAUCUCCAAGGUUGUAUACAAUGUUUAAUCUCAUAUAAUACAUGGGGUAAAAAUCAAUUAUUUAAAAUUCAUGCAGUUGAAUUUAAAGGUAUGAAUUCCUUUUAAUCUUUUACAAUUUAUAUUAGGUAUUGACUUUUUGUAAGAAUUUGAGGUGGGAAGAUUUAUUUUACCCAUGUGUUUUGAGAUAAUGCAAAAAAUAAUACACUGUACAAGAUGUCACAACAGUCGCAUACAAACACACACAUAUAGACACACUCUCACAUUGAUAUGAUACAUGUAGUAAGUCUACUGAUUAAAUUAAGACAAUUUUCUGUAGUUUAUAGUGGACACACUGUGAUAUCUUUAUUUAAAGUCAAGCUGUUUAAUUGUUGAAAGAAGUGAAAUUAUGGUUGUCCAGAUAAUGAUUAGGAAAAGAUUCAAAUUUAUUACUUGAUAACUAUUUUGCAAUUUUUAUGUGUUUUGUUAUGAUUUUUUUAUUUUUCCAUUUAUAAAACCCAAUUGAAAUUAUGCACAUGCAUAUAAAUUUCUAAUUUGGUUCACAGAUAUUUCUUAACAAAAUAAUUAUAUUGAAACAGUGCCACAAACAUUGUAUAUAUAUGAUUUGUAUGCUUCAAUAUAUUAAAAAUUCUGUGUAUAUUUAUAUAUGAAUUUCAAAACCUAAACAGUUCAGAUUUUUGAAGAACUUAAAAAGUUUUAACAAAGAGUAGUAAAUUCUUUGAAAGGAAAUGUAAAACUGUAGUUUUUUUUAUAUGAUAGAACAAUGUGCAUGUUUAUCAUCAGUUAGAUAUGAAGUGAUCAAAUUCAUUAUCAUUAUCAUCAGUAGGGCUCAACUGUUAAGUACAGAAAGUUACUUUUACUAUCCAUUUGUUGUUCAAUCAAUUAAAAAUACAUGUACAAGUAUUCUUAUACUUUAAUAUUAUCUGCAAAAAUAGAUACUGUUUCACAAUCAAUUGCAUAUUUUUAAUAAUUACAAAGACAAUUGGACAGCUUAUAUAGUUACCUUCAAUGUGUAAAAUAGCAGUAAAAAUACUAUUCUGAUAAUGUUUAUGUACAUGUAUAGACAUUUUUUGUCAUAACAAUUGCAAAAUACUCUAACACUAAUUAUCACAACAAAUGAUGACAAAAAGAAUGUGGAAUUGAAUUCUAUAUUCUGAUCUCGGAAGAUAACACAUUUUCAUAUGUUAGUUUAAAUAGAGUAUGAUAAAGUUGUACGCAUGCUUUGCUUAAAAUAUUUAUGGUAAGUUGUAUUGCACAUUGCCUCUUUAAAGAAUAUACAUGUAUAAUAUCAAUGUAAAAUGUCAAGAAAUACGUAGUGCGAAAAAAUGAUAUAAUUUUAUGCAGUGGUUUUAAAAGAUUCAGGGUUCCUUUUCUCUCUUGCGAUUUAAGUGUGUUCAGUCAGUGCCAAGUAUAUCAUAUCAGAUAAAUAUAUUUUUAUUAUGAUAGCAACGGAAUUGAAUUUUGUUGUAUUACAGUGUUGUUGCUCUAGUGACAUUCUUAUUGUGUUAAUUAAUCUGAAUUCUAAGUGAACUUUUCCUCUCACUGGAAUAAUUUUGCUCUAUGAAUAACCAUGCUUUUCAGAAUUUGGCUUGUGAUUUAUGUGUAACUUAACAUCUAUGACUACAUUAAAUUUUGGAGGUGUC